UGUACCCCCACGCUGUCUCCCGACAUCCUCUAUAUAAUUGCACGCCACCUAGUGCAGAGAUCGGUAGCGUUCGCACAUCUCUGUAAGUGUGAGGCAUUCUUAUCUAUCACACCGGAGCAGAUCGUUCACGCGCAUAUACACAUGCGGAUUAUAUAACAGCCAACUUAGCAUAUGUGAUUUUAUAGCGUAUAAAAUCACAACAGGUGCAAGUUUAUAAAAAUCUUCGCGUGCAUCGGAGGAAACGGGUAUCUGAGGACUUGUUUGAGGAAAAUAACUGAAUCUGCUCAAUUACAUGAGCAGGUGCUGUAUACCGGUAAGUUUAAGGACUGUGAAGCGCCUUAUUUACCUGGAUCGUAAAAUGAAAUAUCUGAGGUAAAAAAUUAACACUCGAGCUUAAAUUACAUGGAUUUAUCCUCGGGGCUUCAGUGUGGAAAUUAAUUUAUAUAAAACAACGAUUUCACGAAUUUCAAAUAGAUCAAAACUAAAACGUUUUAAUAAUCGAAACGGACGUUUGUAAUUAAACUGAGCCAAGUAAGCACAUAAAUAGCAUUAUCAGUAAUCAUAUAAGAAAAUAGUUUUGGGGAGGUGCAUCAUACCAAAGUGUUAUAGCCAAUCAUCAUGUGACAAGUCGGUUUGCGAUAAGGUUAUAAUGGUGUCAUUCUGCAAUUGGAUGUGACGAAGCGAAUAACAGAUCUAAGUGUUUGAUCAAAAUCAAAAGACAAAUUGCACUCGACAUUGUUGAAAGUAGUUAAACAAAUUGUCAAUUUUCCAUGGAAAACAGCCUUUCAGCUUUUACAACAGUGUGAUUUAUUUUUAAGUUCAGAAGAACUUGGAGAAAAAUCAUUAAAGUGAACUAUAAGAAUUUAAGAAACAUCCGCCCUUGGAUUCAAAUUACGGCGAAGAAGAUAAGCAGAUCACGCGUGUUGGCGUACAUGGAUUGCGUCACUGCUAAACGGCCGGAACGCCAACGUGCUAACUAAUGGAUAGUUCUGAUACCGGACUCUGAGAUAACGCCAUUUCUAUUGGACCGACCCGGAAUUCCCAAACAUGAAUUUUAGCAACGAAACCAAUAUGACCGGUCGUUCUGAUGAGUGUGGAUCGCACACGGAGGGCCUACUAGCGUACGCUUGUUUUAUCUUUUCCAUACACGGAUACGCCAGUCUGAUCAUCUGUUGUUUCGGUGUACCUACAAACAUCGUGAACAUUGUGAUCCUAACCCGGAAAAACCUGCGCUCACCCAUCAAUUGUAUUCUUGCUGGAAUAGCAAUAGCUGAUGUGUUGACCAUGCUCUGUUACAUGCCCUACAGCAUACAUUUCUACAUCAUGCACGGUCUAGAGCGCACCAAGGAUAAGUACACGUAUGGCUGGGGGUGGUACAUGGCCGUACACGCGGGUCUCAGUACAACCACCCAUACAAUUUCCAUCUGGCUCGGCGUCUGUAUGGCGGUGGUGCGUUAUAUCUACAUUCGGUCAAUGGGAAAUAAUAAGUCCAUUAUGAAGGUAAAAAACUCCGUUAUUCUUGUGGUAGUAGUGUAUGCAUGUACAGUCCUCUGUUACCUACCACAGUAUAUCAUAAUAAAGGUUCACAACAAUAAUGGAUCCCUUGUGUUAACAGGUCUAAAUAAGCUUGGUGCCAGCGACACGACAUGGCUACAGAAAACGGCAGCCUGGGUAUUCAUUUUGAUAGGAAAUGUGUUCCCGUGUAUAUUGAUAUCUAUUUUUGGCGGUCUACUACUACGUAGUUUGCACGAGAGUAAGAAAAGGACGCUAACACUAAAAGGUGCGCAAUGUGCAAACCGUCUCAAACAACACAAGAGGACGACUAUCAUGUUGCUGGCCAUCAUUGUCAUGUACAUCGUCACACAACUGCCGUCCUCCAUUUUGGUUGUGUUGUGUCUGUGUGUGGAGAACUUCAUGGAAGAAACGUAUCUACUGUUUUGCAGAUACUUUGGAUCUGAUGUCGCUGAUAAACAGUUCCGCAAACUUUUGCAUGUACUGCGCGAUGAGUCGACAGUUCCGCGACUGUCUGAUGGAAAUAGCGUGCGACAACAUUCAGAGUAAGUCGGCUAAAAUGUAUCAGGCGGUGCGUUCACAGUUGCAGACGACGGCCGUGACAACACACAUGCAACACUUGAAACAAG